GCGGAGUCGGCGCUGCUGACAGGGAGGAGCCUCAACUUGUUUCUGUUGUCUGCAGUGAUAUCAUAACCCUGCAACAUGAAGGUGCGCUCAUGUGACAGCCGCUCAUCUCCGUCCUCGGGCUGGACUCAGGUGCAGUAACGGGCUAAACAGUUAGCAUGGGGAGCAAAAGGAGGAAGGACGCCAGCUGAGCUCCUGCACCAAACCAGAAAAACAGAAAUGGCUCAAUCAGUGAGACAGCCGGAGACGUUAGGAGCCGCCAAACUCAAACCUCAGGCGGAUAAAACCAGGAGCGGCUACUUCUGCAACGUGAAGAGCAGUUUGUGUCUCAGGUUAGGAUCCAAGCUGCCUGCCGGUGUUUCUCAGCCUCCACGAUUCGCUAAGCCUCCCUGGGAGAAUCGACCUCAGUCCCACAUCAUGCAGAACGCCGCGGCCGGCGCUGCGCAUAGCAAUGACCCCGUCGCCGUGGGCCGACCUCUGGACCACGUCCCUCACAUCAGGAACCCGAAGCUGAGGCAGUACUACCUGCAAGGAACUGCGUGGGAGCGGAGCAACACCGUCGGUUUACCAGCAGAUGGCAGCACUGGUCUCCCCGGCGACACGGUGUUCAGCGUUUCGUCUACGUUCAGCAGCGGUGGAUCCUCAGGAGAGAAGAGCAAAAAUUCAAAGCAACUCAGCUCUGAUACCAACGUAAUAACAGAGCAGCUGGUGUCGAACAGAAAGGACGCCUCUGUCACUGGAAAAUCCUCUCAGCUCGAACUGGACUGCGGGUCGAAGGAGAAACCGGAGGCAGAUGCAGAUCAGGACUGUUUGGAUUCGCUGCCGGCUCAGACUCCGUCUCCCUCACCGGAGGCUGAAUACGACAAACUUCUUGAUGUGGAGGCGGUGCCGCUGCCAGAUGGGCACCUCUGCCUUCUGGCUCUCCCUCCGGAGUGCUGCCAGGGCGAGCGCCCGGCCGCCAUGUUGUAUCUCAAACUGUUCUGCCGUUACAUCACCGACGGAAAGGGUGUGGUUUCUGGUAUCCUGGUGGUGACGCCCACUAAAAUCUUCUUCGACCCGUCCAAAACCCACCCGCUGGUGACGGAGCACGGCUUCGAGGAUUACCUUCUGUCUUGCGCUGUUGACAGUUUGGCGUCCGUCUCUUUCUUCUCUGACGUUUCACACGUUCGCUUCAGCACCUCCCAGCAGAGGAGAGGAAAAGCAAAGAACAUAUUCCAGAAGCUCAAAUCCACUAAGAGUCAUGGAGGCAAAAAGCCGGAGGAUUCCCCCCCGGCGCUGGUUUCUGCUGCUCCGUCGGUGCUGCCCAGUCCCACCCUGAGCCUAACCAACCAGGUUUCCCAGCCGGACGAGGCGGACAGCGGAGACACGGACGAUGUGGAUGGGCGGCUGGACGGCGGCUCGCUCAGGGUGCUGACCGAGGAGCCUGGGGGCGGCCUGGCCGUCCUGAGCAGCGCCGCCACUUUCUGCUGCGGCGGACCAGAGGGCACGGAGAAAUCCUCUGAGAAGAGUCAGACUGAAGCUCCUCGAAGGCCGUCGGCAGGAAGUCUCGGGGGUUUGAUGUUCGUGAGACUGCGGGUUCAGUCGCCCGCAGGGAAGAAGAAGAGGUCAGCUAACACUUUACCCAGGAGGGACACCUGGCUCGCUCUGACACAAGAAAGCUCCGACGAGCUGCGCUCCUUCCUGAAGCUUCGCCGGCCAGACCUGCGUCUCCUGGACGGGGAGGAGGAGCCGGACCACGACGAAGAAGAGUUUGUUCUCAUAGAGGACAAGGGAGAGGAGGAUGCAGAGACGUUUCAGACGCUGCGCGGCUCCGGAGACGACUGGGAGAUGGUGUUGAUGGAGGAGAAUAAAGAGCAGCUGGUUGACAGGGACCCUGAAGGGCUCGGUAACGUGGUGGAGAACAGCCGCGUUCUGCAGGUUUCACAUGUCAGAGAGCUGUGUAAGGAGCUUCCUGCCAGGACGGUGGGCCGCGCCUGGCAGCUGGCCUACAGCACGUGGCGGCACGGCGCCAGCCUCAAGUGUCUCUACAGGAAGCUCCGCAGCACCGACUCUCCUGUGCUGAUUGUCAUAAAAGAUGCUCUGGAUGAGCUGUUUGGGGCCUUCCUGUCUGAUCCUCUGAAACCCAGCGAGACGUUUUACGGAACUGGAGAAACCUUCCUGUUCAUGUUGCAUCCUCGUUUUAAGAGCUUCAGGUGGACGGGAGAAAACUCCUUCUUCAUUAAAGGAGACUUGGACUGCUUCGCUGUUGGCGGUGGAAGCGGUCACUUCGGCCUGUGGGUCGAUGAGAACCUGUAUCUGGGCCGCAGCAGCCCCUGCUACACCUUCAACAACUGCUGCCUCUCUGAAACCGACGAUUUCCGCAUCAUGGAGCUGGAGGUGUGGACGUUCAGCUGAGGACACGGCUAAUCGCCCAGAAGAAACUCGUCUAUGUAGAUCACAUCUAUGUAGACGUAUAUUACUAGACUGUCCUCAGCCAAACUGAGUGCUCUUAAUGUAAAUUAGCAUCCUCAUUGUUUUAUAAUUGAACAUUAACGUGUGUAAAUAUAAUCCUGCCUUCUGACUGCCUGACUAAUGUUAAAAUACUUACGAGAUCUGAGGAGUUGAUCUGCUCUUCAUCACCACUGAUCAUCAUCAUCAUCCUGUCCUACGGUAAAACGCCGUAGAAACUGGAGGACGACCGUCAUCACUGCUGCUCCAGACUCUGACCCUCCUACCCGACGUCCAUCCUUGGAAAUCUGCACCAUGUGAGUCUGGAUGGUUGCUUAACGGAUCCACACGGCUGGUGAAACGUUUGCUGUGACUCGUCACCUGCAGAGACGCCAUUUUGUUCUGGGGGUUUAAUGAUGAAUGUUCUUUAAGUUGGAGUGAUUUUAAACGAUGAAGUAUUACGGCCAUACUACCAAAAUAAAAACUAAAAAUUUAAUUUAUGAGAAUAAAGUCAUAGUACUAUGGCUUUAUUAUCAAUACUGAAUAAAGUACUACUAAAUUAGAUUAUUUCAAUCCAUUAACGAUUCAUCUAUUCAUACUAUUAAUAAUGUAAUAAUGAGAAUAAAGUCAUAAUAUUUUGAAAAUAGUCUUAGUAUUUUAAAAGAACUGAGAAUAAUUCAAUGAUCAUAUGACUUUAUUCUCAUGACUGUUUUAUAUUGCAACUUUAUUCUUGUAUUAUUUUGACUUAAUUCUCAGUUGACUCUUAAUAUUAAGAGGCCGAUGGAAACUAAUUACGACACUUGACCCUCAUAUUUUAUUUUCUUAGCGUGGUUCUAUCGCUCCGUCGUAAUUCUAUAAAACAUUUCAGUUUUUUAAGGCAAAGUUUAAUUCACAGCUUUGAAUUUAUUGAUCAUUUUUUUGAUCUAAACUGCCUCCUAAUAUUUGGUUCAACAUUUCUUAUCCAGCUGCAGAGAAAACACUUUAAAUCUGUUUGGAUGUUUGAAUUCUCCUCCGUUAAUGUUUCUGACCAGAACCGUUAAUAAAAAAGACCAACUUGUACAGAAAAA